GAUUUUUACUUCAAAAUAAAAGUCCUGCUCCUCUAUGAACAGAACCAUGAUGACUAGAAGUAGAACUAGAACACGUUUUUAGUGCAGAACAACAGUUAUGAUGAAAUGCUGACGGGUCAUUUUCUUGCUGCUGGUUUCAGGGUCCUGAAGCAGGAGAGACCCGACUUGGCGGUGCUGGCGGACAAAGUGGACCUUCAGGAGUCAACAGGCAUCGCGUCGGACAGCUCCAGUGACUCUUCAUCAUCGUCAUCCUCCAGCUCGUCUGACUCCGGCUCUGAUGCGGCGUCGGGCUCCGAGGACGCUGUGUCCCACCGCAGGAAGAAAAGACGGACCUGCGGGGCGACGGCCAACGGAGACGUCAGCGGUCGAGACGACUGCGUCAGCAAAGAGAGGAGCUCGUCUCGGUGACCUCCGGCCCCUUCAGGAGGCUCCGCCUCCUCUAGUCGGUGACUCCUCCCACUCACCGACACACUGCUGCUUCCUGUCGUUUAGUAGGGGGUCGGGGGGGGCACUGGAGACCCUGUCACCACUGUGCUUUCCAUCUGUUUGUGUGUCUGUAGUGAGAUUAUAACCAGUAACCAGACUGGUGAGGGGACUGGUGGUGGGUGUUGAUGGAUGAAGUGAUGGGAAUAUUUAACUGUAGACCAGAGAACUUCCUGUAGUUCAGCCUGUUUCACUGGGACCAGCAGCAGCAGCUGCUGGGACCCGGACCAGACUCAUUUUUCUCUCUACGCUUCGAUGUCGAAUAAACUCGGGCCUCUUGUCUCACAGGCGUAAACUGGCCCAUAGCGGCCUGAUUACACCAAAAAUUCCUCCGAGUGGGCGUCGUGAGAUACUCGUCAGCGUAGUGACGACUCGCAUAAACCACCACAGGAGACAAGCUCACAAUAACAACAAUAAUAAUAAGAAUACAUACGUUUGUGUUAGUUGUGUCUAAAUGAGACUUUAAACACAUAAAUAUGUGUAACUGAAGAGGUUCACGGUUCAUCUUAACGCCUCGUUAGCGUUAAUUAGCUCGUCAGUGUGAAAGUAGAGUCUUUAACGAGCUUCUGAGAACGAAGACUUUAAAUGUUUGGAUGAUCUAACAGCCUUAAAGAAACAGAAGCUGCACAACGUUAUCUUCUGCCUGUUUUUGUGCCAAAAUGCUGCAGCAGAGGGCACUACAUUCCCCAGAAUGCACUGCUGCUUUUUUUUUUUUUUUUUCUGUGUCAGAGUUCAUUAGCGUUGGUUAUUCAGGAUGUUUGGUAACAGCUGAGCGUGCAGUUAGUGUCAGUGAACUUCUUCAUGCUGCUUGGAGGACCAGACACGAAUCAUUCACUGUUAAAUAUCAACUCUUCUGUGACUGGAGCUGAAACACUACGACAGAAUGAAGCGUUUUAAAUGUGCUUAUUUUUAAUCAUUAAGAACAUAAAGCUCACCUGAACUCCAGCUGCUGACGUUAAAGAGAUCAUUAAAACUAAUUAUUGAUUAAGAAAAAGCUUAAUAAAGAGCUGAUAAAUGUUGUUAUAGAAAUAUGAACUGAGACGAAGACUAAACCUGGAGAAUUACUCUUUUGCUCAGAUAAAUAUACUGUAUAACAAAUAUUACAACAAUAUCCACUUCUACCGAAUCAAUAGUGUUCAAUACCUUUAAAUUAAACAUUAUCAACAGAAUAGUCUGCAGAUGAAUCAAUAGUUAAAGUAAGAUUAAUAAUAAUUACAGCAGAUCAUUAUUCUACAGGCGACGUGUUUUGUCCCAGAGAUGAUCCGUUUCCUGAGAUGAACUCAUGAACGUCGAUGUUCAGCUCCAGUCACAUCUCUCGUGGAAUCCUCUGAGUGCAGCGUGAUGUCCAUGUGAACCCGUGGUUUUAGACUAAGAAGUGCCUCUGAAGACGUUACUGUCGGUGUGACUGAUGCGUCUUUUAUUUUGAAAGGCACCGUGUUGGUCUCUGAGGUCGGUCACAUGGUGCCUUCAGGGCGUCUCAGCUGAUCUGGGAUCAGAGUUUAAAUGUCGAAUCUGACCCCAUGUGAUGAGUUUCAUUUUGUUGGUCAAUAAAAUCUUUUCUAUGACUUU